AGAUAAAAAUUAAAUCUUUAUAAUUGUUCGUGGUGUGUUGUGUGUACGGUUUAUUUUGUCCCGUAAACUUGUGUACUUGUGUUUGUUUUUCAGUUUCUUAGCUUAUACUUUCAUACUUAAAAUAUUAUAAGUUGAACCACUAAAUGUAUUUAUAAACCAUACAUUUAGCUGCGUUCGACGGUCCAUUCAAUAUUCAAAUGUUUUGAAAUUUGCCAAGAAACAGUAUUCUUUCACAGGUACGUUUACUGUUGAGUGGUUAUACAAUUACGCACACCUCAAGGGUUUUAUAGUAAAUUAUUUCUUACAUCCAUUUGGUAAUAUAAAUAGAACACACUGAGCUACUGAUAUGUCAAUAUUAAAUGACUAUUACCCAUUUACAAGUAAAGAAAUUAUACAAAGAGCUUUUGAAGUAUGGCUGUAGUUUAAAACUUACUGACAAAAAUUAUUAUAAAAGUCGAAUCAAACAGGAAUUUUUGGACAAUAAACAGUUAGUUAAACCAGAAGAGAUUAAAUUUUUCUAUGAUAAAGGACAAGAGUUAUUAAAAAGGAAGUCAAUAGUAUAAAUUGUGUCCGUUUUCAUUAUAUCCAAUAUCCAUGUAUUCAUUAUUGUGUAAAGCUCUACCUUUUAACACUAAUAGUGUGAAGAAUGCUAGAAGCAUUAGUUUAACGUUAUUCAAUAAGAAACAGACUAUAGACCGCUCAAAAGUGCCGAUUAUAAAUGAAAAUGAACUUGAAGAAAUGUUUGUUAAGGGUAGUGGGCCUGGUGGAUCAGCAGUGAAUAAAAAUGCUAAUUGUGUUGUACUAAAACAUAAACCAACUGGCAUUGUGAUUAAAUGUCAUGAAUCAAGAUGUGUUGAAGAUAACAGAAAAAUGGCUAGGGAAAAACUUGCUAUAAAAUUAGAUGUAAUAGAAAAUGGUAAUAAUUCAGUCGAAGCACAAAAAAAAGCAAUUAUAGAAAAAAAGAAUGCACAAAAAGAAUGGAAACGGAAAAAAUUAGAAACAUUGAAAAAGGAUUGGAUUGAAAGAGAAAGUAGUUUCAAACCUUAAAUUACCAAAACUAAUAGUAUACUAUUUGAGUUAUUAUUUGUUAAAAAGUAAGGUAAUUUGUAAAUGUUCAUAUUGCUAAAUUAGAAGUAGGUAACUAUUAUGCAUUUAUUAAUUUUAAUUGUUUGGUUUAUUAUAUUCCAAUAUUAAUUAGUCAAAUGUAAUAAAUAUAAUUAAAUAAGCAAUGUAUGUAGUAGUAAACAUUCAAAUAUCUAUGAAUAAAAUUCAUUUUCCUAAAUCACAAAGGUUGUAAUAUCAACUAAAAUUCAAGAAGCUUACAAACAUAAUGUAUACAUAAUGUAUUAGUUUAUAAUAUAAUACUCAAUGGUACCCAUUUAA